UCGCGAGUAUGUGGGGUGUACCCGCGCUCCUGGCUUCUGAUGGAGCAUGUGCAAAACAGACGAGAGAUUAGCGCUCCAUUUGAUUCCUAACGGUUUGUUGCGACGGCGCAUCUGUUAGCUAGAAUAUUUUCUGAGAGCGUUUAUUCAGUCUCUCUGUUGAGUUCUCUUGAGUUGUACCUGCCUUCUACGAUUAUUCUUUUAUUCCAUCAUUGUCAUUUUGACGCUAAGCAGUUACAACUAUCUACCUCUAGAGUUGGAUGUAACUUUAACUAAGGACACUUAAGAAAAAUGGGUGUGCUUAUAAGUGAACCUGUGAUAUUUAGGGUACUUUUCGGUGGACAUUGUGCUCAGUAUAAGUAAUACUUCCCAUUUGGUAAACACUUAAACAAAAAAAUAUAGCAGUCACCGAGCAGAAAUUAUCACAGGAUUUCUUGUCUAUUGAGUCAAAUGGCAGAGGAUUAUGAACAGUCGGAAUUUAUCAAAGACCGGCUGUACUUUGCCACUCUACGUGUGAAACCAAAGACCUCUGCAAACACACACUAUUUCAGCACUGAUGAAGAGUUCAUAUAUGAAAGUUUCUAUGCAGACUUUGGACCCCUCAACCUGGCCAUGCUCUACAGAUACUGUUGCAAACUUAACAAGAAGCUGAAGUCCUUCAAAAUGUCUAGAAAGAAACUGAUUUAUUACACCAGUUAUGAUCAGAAAAAAAGAGCCAAUGCUGCUGUUCUCAUCGGUUCUUAUGCGGCAUUACAGCAUGGCUUCCUGGAUUUUGAAAGUUUUAGUGCUGAUGAAUAUGAACAUUAUGAGAGAGUUGAAAACGGAGACAUAAACUGGAUUAUCCCAAGGAAGAUUCUGGCAUUCAGCAGCCCUCAUCCUCGCGGUGAUCCUCUUCAUACACCUGAAGCAUAUUUUGAAUACUUUCACCAAAAUGAUGUAGUGGCUGUGGUGCGUCUGAACCGAAAAUUGUAUGACAGCAGGAAAUUUGAGGAUGCAGGGUUUGAACACCAUGAUCUCUUCUUCCUUGACGGGACCACACCCUCUGACCUCAUCAUUAGGCGCUUCUUGCAUGUGUGUGAAAGAACAGAAGCGGCUGUGGCAGUGCAUUGUAAAGGCACUCUUAUUGCCUGCUAUCUGAUGAAGCACUUUCGCUUCACAGCAGCUGAAGCAGUUGCCUGGAUAAGAAUCUGCCGACCUGGAUCCAUCAUUGGCCCCCAGCAGAACUUCUUAGAAGAAAAACAGUACAGCUUGUGGGUGCAGGGAGAUGUGCAUCGCUCCAAACAGAAACUUGCUAAGCAGAGGCUCAGCAGGCGGCAGCAUCUGCAGCAUCUUUCCCAGCAGCAUCUAUAUAGCUGUGACUCUGUGGAGAGAGGGGAGCAGGAGGCAAUGUCCCAAUUCCUGUCCAGCAUGGAUGACCUGUCAAUCAACACCAUCCUCUGCAAAUCAUAUAGCUUGGAUGAGGUGAUGAGUUCCACCAAUGGGGAGCUCAAUACUGACGACCCUACUGCUGGACACUCCAACGCACCAAUCACAGCCAACGCAGAGGUGGAAGUUGCUGAUGACACU